ACACACACACACACACACACACACAUAAAGACUAAAGUGGGACUGAAGCUGGAGUGGGGCUCCGAAGUCUGUGCGCCGCUGUAGUUGUCAGCAGAGAACGUCGUGACGGCGCUGCCUUGGAAACACUCUUUAGAGUUGGAGCGCAAGUGUGUUAGGGGAAGGUGGGUGGGGGGUGCGUGGGGAAGAAGUGAUAGCCUUAGGACAGAUAAGCUCCAGGGAAGGGAAAAAGGGAGGGAACAAGGGAGGGAGGAGGAGUGAGGUGGGCAGCUCUCUGAGGAAAGAGGGAGUCUCUCUUUCUGUCUCAGACUUGCUGUGUGCUGGUGUCUUCUUCCUCCUGUCUGCUCGGGUCCUCUCUCUCUCUCUCACCCUCUCUCCCUCUCUCCCUCUCUGCCGGUGGCUGGAGGAGUUUAGCUGUGUUUUGGCUGCCUGUCAGGAUUUGAACAUGGACUGAACACGCGGCUAGACAUGAGAAGAGCCACUGGAGACUCGCUGAAGCACCAGCUGCUGUUCCUGGAAGAGUUCACUACGUCAGCUGCACCGCAUACUGUCUGUGCACGCAUGAGAUCACUUUUGUAGGCUUUAUGAAUGAGUGGUAGAAGAGCUGUCUUCCUGAAUAUGUUUGUGGCAUGAAACCAGAUCGCAUACAUCUUUCAUUUAUCACCUCCCUCAUCUCCCACCACCAGUCUUCCAUCAGGAACUCUCACCACAGCUCCACCGCAUUGAUGAGGUAACGUCACGCUCUACGCAGCGCAGCACCCACCUGCACAAACACCACCCUGCCCCCUUCUUUCCCCCUCCUUCUGUCAACCCUUCCAUUGCGGCCAUGGGGCAGAAGAUCUCCAGCGGCAUUAAAUCGGUCGAUGGUCGCGGGGAAAGCGUUGGCUCCCCAUCCUACCGACCUCUGGCUCAUCGCCGACAGCACCCAGAACUGAGGGACCCAGAUUUCUCCAAACCUCCCAGGCUGGAUCUCCUGCUGGACAUGCCAUGUGCUGGAAUGGAGACCCAGCUACGUCAUGCGUGGAACCCUGAUGACCGCUCACUCAACAUCUUCAUCAAAGAAGAGGAUAAACUGACGUUUCACCGCCACCCAGUCGCUCAGAGCACGGACUGCAUCCGGGGGCGGGUCGGAUACACACGGGGUCUCCAUGUGUGGAAGAUCCACUGGCCUGCCCGGCAGCGUGGCACCCAUGCCGUGGUUGGGGUAGCGACCACAGAAGCUCCUUUACAUUCUGUUGGGUACACUGCACUGGUUGGGUCGGACUGUGAAUCCUGGGGCUGGGAUCUAGGACGCAACAGGCUCUACCACGAUAGUAAAAACAGGGCCCACAGCUCGCUGCCCUCUUAUCCUUCAUUCCUGGAGCCUGAGGAGUCUUUCACCCUGCCGGACUCUCUGCUAGUGAUACUGGACAUGGACGAAGGGACGCUGAGCUUCAUGGUGGAUGGGCAGUAUCUAGGAGUCGCAUUUAGAGGACUGAAAGGCAAGAAGCUGUAUCCCAUUGUCAGUGCCGUGUGGGGACAUUGUGAGAUAUCCAUGAAGUACAUCAACGGCUUGGAUCCCGAGCCUCUUCCUCUUAUGGACCUGUGUCGACGUGCCGCCCGCCUGGCGUUGGGCCGGGAGCGGCUUCAGGAGAUCGAGAGCCUCCCUCUGCCACAGUCCCUGAAAAAUUACCUCCAAUACCAGUGACUUGACACCAGCAUGGUCAACUGGGAGUACACGGACACAAACCGGACCACCAGAAAAAGAUGGAGGGAUGAAAAAAAUAAAGAAUGCAAAGAGCCAGUGCUGGAUGGAAGAAUGUCUACACUGAGAGCACCAUAGCUCUACAAAAGAUGGAUUUAUAAAAGAAUGGAGAGAAAGGUGGUGGAUGAACUGACUAAGGAAAGCCCAGGCUUUCAGACAAAGAGCAGGACAGCACCAGCUUCUUUUGGAUUUCCAGCUGCUUUUUUCAUUUCGUUUUUGACUUGAAAUAAAUUAUUAAUGAUGGUAUCCCAUCAGUUUCUCACUCAUCCAGAAACCCCCAUCCUCUGAUGGCUCGGUGUAGUUAAGAGGUGACAGUGUUAAGAUGAGCACUGCCACCUAGUGAUGAGAAUAAAAAACUGCGCAGAGAAGCACACUAAUCCUACCCCUGGAGGCCUUUCUGACACACACAGUCAGUGACCAUAUCAUUACUGUUGGAUACCAUAGUGUGUAUUCAUAGUCUCCACUAGCACAGGUGGCAGGCUGCACAGCCCAGAUGUCCAAGAGGAUUUUAGCACUAAUGUUGUCUUUAUCUGAUUGACGCGGGGCCAGACCAAAAGCUCACUUCGAGUACUGAGUAGAGCAAAACAUGGCUGCAAGCUGUAUGCAAGGUCCAGUAAUAAGAAGUAAAGCAUGCAGAACUUAUCUCCUGACUUUAUGCUGACAUGUAAUGAGAGUUGAGUCCUUUUCAGACUUGGAGUAAGCGGCAUUUCUAAGUUUAAGUGAUGGCUUUUUGUUAUUCAGAAUUGGUUAUACAAAAGUUCGUCACGGCUGUAUUCACGGUGCUCGUACACUACUUAGCAGGUGGUGCGCGAGAAGGAGCGGUGGAGCUAAACAUUAGUGAUGCAAAGGAAGAAAAGCAGAUCACUGAUGGUUUUUAACAUUCAUUUUACCAUUUAAGUCUUCCUUAAUGACCGCUGUCAGAGGGAUUUAUUUAUUAACACUCAUUUUAUUUUGCCGUGUAUUCUCUUAUAUCAUGUCACGUCAGACAGUACACAAGUACAGAAUGACAAGGCAUUACAUUUGGACUCCUGUUUGCUUAAAUGCUGUUUGUAAAGUGUUUUUAUAUACAGGAUAGUCAUCAUUUCAUCGAUGCAGUUAGUCUGAGAGAAAGUUUAAAAAAAAAAUAGAGUCGCAUGAGUAUUUUGCAAGUUUUUUUUAACCACCUGUGCCCCAUGUGGCAAAGAGAAAUAAAUAUCCUUUUUAUAGUCUGACCUGACAUGAGAACAGUCCUCUCGACAACUUAAAAUUCACCCAUUUACAGUGUUUUGAUGUCUUUUCAACAAAUCAUAAUUACAUAUUAAAUUUGUCUCAGUGCUCUUUAUGUUCCUGAAAACCUAUUCCCUGUAACAUUAAAUAUUCUGAAAUUAAUAAGCACCCAUCUAAAAGACAUCUAAUUUCCUUUUCUGGUCUGCGUGGGUGUAAUUUGAUCAGGUUUGCUUGACCCAAACAACUCAGUAAUUACUCAUCAAAUUUGAAUCCAGAUGUACAAAUAUAUAUAAAUUUCUGUGUUUGUGUAGGACUCCUCUGAUCAUAGUAAGAAGCAGAAUGAGAAAAUACUUUUUAGGCCCUUUAAUAAGGGUACAAAACAUGCAUUUAAUCCUUUAAUGUGCCCACAUUGUGCUGCUGUGGCCUUAAUGCUGAUAUUAAAUUAGGACUUGCACUGUGUGGGAAGUGUUAUGGAAAUGUUACAAGGUCUGACUUAUUAAGAUUGCCACCGUGAUUAACGAGCUGCAUGUCUGAAAAGGGCUUUAUUUAAGAAACACACAGGAUAAAACUGCCUGUGGUUUAUAGUAGUGUUACUGUUGUACUGACAACCAUUUCUCACAGGUCACUAAACCAUGUGUCAUGAUGUCAAUCACAACCAAAGUAUUUCAUGUUCAUCCACGGAGUGCGUGAAUGUGUCUGUAGGAGCCGUAGGUCACAGGCCCGUCUUAGUCUAACUAGUGCUAACGUGCUGUUGGCAGUAGGAAGAGCCUCACCUGGUAUUGUAGCACCCAGCUGUAGCUCACUGGUAUCAUACAGCAUCUUUCUGCACUCCACACAACUGUCUUAAUGACCACAAACAAAGAAACAAAACAGAAGCAGAGCAGAUCUGGUCUCGCUGGAUCUAUAAUAAAGACUGGAGCGGGAUGGAGGAACAUUACUGCUGCUGCAGCGGCAGAGCAGAUGCGUUUCUGGUUCAGAAUAGGGGGCAGAUGACCAAUGCACAACGACAACAACAACAACAACACACACACACACACACACACUGUAGACCAAUCAUGUUUUCUUUCCUAAAAAAAGCUUGAGUCACUUUUUUUUUUUUAAACUUCUGAGUUUGUAUCUUACAUUAUUGUUAUUAAUAUUAUUGUGAGUGUGGAGUCUGAUUCUGAUGAUGGUAGGAUGGUGAUGAUGAUGGUGAUGAUGAUGAUGAUGAUUAUUUAUCACAAGCUAGUUCUUUGUUUUUUUUUUAACUGAUCAUUGAUGGUUACAUUCAGGUAAAUUUAAUACAAAGAUGCUGGCGAUGAAGGGAGAGAGAAAUGAAAGGUUGUUUUCUUCAAUGCUGCUUUUAUUAUUAUUAAUAUUAUUAUUGUUGUUGUUGCUGUUAAUAUUAUUUUUAUUAUUUGUAAUGGUGGUGUUCUUACCUCCAGUUUUCAUCAGUUAGGAUGAGGAGAACAGGACCAUUAAGAAAAGUAGUAGAAUGUAUGGACAGAUGGUGGAGUUGUGAUGUCAACAGAUAUGAAAUGUGAAUAAAAGCCAAGUGAAUUUCAAAAA